AUUCCACGCAGAGAAGAUUUGGUGCGUGAGGAGCAGGACCAUCAUCCAGACAUGAAUCGAAUCAAUAAAAGCCACAUGAACUCUUCCAUGUUCUUCCCUGGGAUGGGAACAGCGCCCUUCUUUAAGGUGACUGUGUUCGAGCAGGAGCAUUUCCAGGGCAAGUGUAUGGAGUUCACCUGUGAAUGCUGCAACAUCCACGACUGUGGAAUGGACAACAUCCGCUCCAUCCGAGUGGAGAGUGGAGCGUGGGUGGGCUUUGAGCACCAUGACUUCCAGGGCCAACAGUUCAUCCUGGAGCGUGGCGAGUAUCCCAACUGGGAGGCCUACUGCGGAGCCCUGUCCUACCACACCGAGCGCUUCAUGUCCUUCAGGCCCAUCUACUGCGCUUCUCACCACAGCAGCCGUAUGAUGAUCUUUGAGAGGGAGAACUUCAUGGGUCGUUGUUCUGAGGUGUGUGACGACUACCCGUCCCUUCAGGCCAUGGGCUGGUUCAGACCAGAGGUGGGAUCCAUGCAUGUGCAGUGUGGAGCCUUCGUGUGCUAUGAAUACCCCGGCUACAGAGGCCAGCAGUACAUCAUGGAGUGUGAGAGACACAGCGGAGACUACCAGCACUGGAGGAACUGGGGCUCCCACUGCCAGACCCCCAAGAUCCAGUCCAUCAGACGCAUCAGGCACUGAGGCCGACCCCACCGGAGGACGGAUGGACGGGCAUCAGGCCGGGAACGCCUCCCUUCUGGGUUU